AUGAUAUCAUAUUUGCAUAUUUCUGUGACGAGUAUCGCAAAUAUUAUAUUUGUGCUCUUGUAUUGUUUAAAUUUUAUAUCUGGACGAAGAGUUCCAGUUGAAAGUUACUACCCAAAUGCGUUUUUUGAAAGUCAGCCUUUGUACAGUAAAUUUAAUGCAGCCUUAGAAAAGUUAGAACACGAACCAAAAUGGGUUCCAAACUGGCCAGAUCCGUCCAUUAAAUUGGGGCAAGUAUCUGGAGUAGCUCUGGAUAACUCAGGUCUCCUUUUGGUGUUCCACCGAGCUUCUAACACUUGGGAUGCAAGCACAUUCAAUGAAAGAAAUGUUUACAAUGCUAUCGGAGAUCCACCUAUACCACAGCCAACAGUCCUGCUGAUUAAUGACACUGGAGACCUAGUUGAUAAGUGGGGUCAGAAUCUAUUUUAUAUUCCGCAUGGGAUAACAGUGGACAGCGCUGGUAAUAUUUGGCUGACAGAUGUGGCCUUGCAUCAAGUGUUCAAAUUCAAACCGGACCAACGUGACAAGCCAGCAUUGGUGUUAGGGGAAAAGUUCGUCCCGGGCGAGGACGAUUUCCACUUUUGCAAGCCCAGCGCGGUCGCCGUGUUGACCAGCGGGGAGUUCUUCGUGGCUGAUGGUUACUGCAACACGAGGAUCAUCAAGUUCGCGCCCGACGGCAGCAGGAUACUGCAGUGGGGAAGGCGGCGCGGCGAGUCGCCGUUCGUGCUGAGCGUGCCGCACGCGCUCGCCCUGGCGGAGGAUCGCGACGCGGUCUGCGUGGCGGACCGCGAGCGGGGCCGCGCCGCGUGCUUCCGCGCCGACAACGGCUCGUACGUCGCCUCCUAUUCCAGCUGGCUCGUCGGCGGCCGCCUCUUCAGCCUGGCGUACGCGCCCGUCCACGGCGGGCGACUGUACGUGGUGAACGGGCCGGGGGGCGGGGCGCCCGUGCGCGGCUACGUGCUCGACUACGGCUCGGGCCGGAUGCUGGGCACUUUCGCGCCGCCCGGCGGCUUCCAGAACCCGCACGACGUGGCCGUCACCGCGGACGGCGCCAAGCUCUACGUGCCCGAGCUGAGUCCGCACCGCGUGUGCAAGUUCGCGCUCGACGCCAAGGCCAAGGUAGACACCGACGCCGACGCCGAGAGCUACGCCGGCGCCGAGAGCUACGCCGGCGCCGAGAGCUACGCCGGCGCCAAGAGCUACGCCGGCGCCAAGAGCUACGCCGACGCCAACGCCACCGACACGCGGACUCGCGCGAAGCCCACAGCUACAGUCGAGGUGUCGAGCUCGGGCGCGGCGCCGGGCUGGGGCGGGCUGUCCGGCGCGCUGGGGGCGGCGCUGGGAGCGAGCGGCGCCGCGCUCCUGGCCCUCGGCGCCAUGGCCCUGCUGAAGGCGAGGAACCGCGGUCGCAAGUGUCCGACGCGGCGGCGCUGGGAGUACGGGCGCGGCGAGUUCAAGCUGCGCCGCUUCUUGGAGAGGCGCCGCUUUACCAGGGUGCACUCCGACGACUCGGAGGAUGAGCCGGCACCAAUGCUGCCAGCGCAGCCGCCCGCGAACGCG